GAGGUUAGAGAGAGAAAGAGCGAGAGAGAUCAUAAGUUUCGGGAAGUACUUGAAAAUCGGCACAUUGUUCUUCCGAAGGUAAAAAAUUCCGACACCCCUUUUUCUCAUGCUAUAAUCAAGAAACAGGAAAUAGAAAAAAAAUAAUAUGACAUUCUUGAAUUUGUAGCGGUUAUCUGUGUUACCCACGAUCAAGGCUGGUACAGGCAUUGAGGAAGUGCCCGCUUGAUCGUGUACCAGCCUUCCUUUCCCUUCUUCGUCUCGAGAAUCUCGACUUUUUUUGUUUUUCGUUUCGAGAUAAAGAAGGGAAAGAAAGCUUGGAAUUUCGAAGGCUGGUUGGUUUGUAGAAAAAAAAAUAAAAAAUAAAAAUGAGUGUUGUUUCGGGUGUGAUCUCGAGGCAAGUUUUGCCGGCAUGUGGCAGCCUUUGUUUCUUUUGCCCCUCUAUGCGUGCUAGGUCUCGGCAGCCUGUCAAGAGGUACAAAAAGUUGAUUUCCGAUAUUUUCCCCCGAUCGCAGGAAGAAGAGCCGAACGACAGGAAGAUCGGGAAACUAUGUGAAUAUGCUGCGAAAAAUCCUUUGCGUAUUCCAAAGAUUGCAGAGUCCCUUGAGCAAAGAUGCUAUAAGGAGUUGAGAAACGAAAACAUUCGAUCGGUGAAAAUUGUCAUGUGUAUUUACCGGAAAUUGUUGGUAUCUUGCCGGGAGCAAAUGCCUUUGUUUGCGAAUAGUGUAAUGACGAUCAUGCAAACCUUGCUUGAUCAAGCAAACCAAGACGAGAUGUUGAUUAUCGGAUGUGAAUCGCUCUUUGAGUUUGUAAACAAUCAGGUCGGUGUCUUUCACAUGCAAUUUACUAAUUAUUUAUUAUUUCCGAUUCAUCAGAUUGUUUCAGUAGUGUUGGAAAAUUACUGUGGUCAGAGUAAAGAAUCCGACGGGCCCACGCAAAGUCGUUGGGUGCAAGAAGUACAUAAAACCGAAGGGCAUAUCUCUCCUUCACCGGAUGUUGCAUUGAAAGUUCCUUCUUGGAAAAUGAUUGUAAACGAUAAAGGACAACUCAAUGUGGCAGACGAGGACUCGAAGAACCCGUGCUUUUGGUCUAGGGUAUGCCUUCAUAACAUGGCCAAGCUCGGAAGAGAAGCUACGACAAUGCGCCGUGUUCUAGAAUCUUUGUUUCGAUAUUUCGAUAAUGGGAAUUUGUGGCCGAUCAAAGAUGGGAUUGCUUUUCCUGUGUUAAAAGACAUUCAGCUUUUGAUGGAUGAUUCCGGGGAGAAUACGCACUUGUUGCUGUCGAUAUUAGUGAAGCAUCUAGAUCAUAAAAACGUACUUAAGCAACCGGAAAUGCAGCUCGACAUUGUCCAGGUGGCGACUGCACUUGCUCGGCUGACAAACGUACAGUCAUCGGUGGCUGUUGUGGGUGCCGUGAGUGAUGUCAUGCGGCAUUUGCGUAAGAGCAUCCACUCUUCGCUCGACGAUGCGAAUCUUGGACAGGAUUUGAUUAAGUGGAAUAAAAAAUUCCGUGAGGCGGUCGAUGAGUGUCUGGUUGAGCUUUCGUCGAAGGUUGGAGAUGCUGGUUUGAUUCUCGAUGUUAUGGCUUCUAUGUUGGAGAAUAUUCCGAGCGUCACUGUUAUAGCUAGAACGACUGUUUCGACUGUUUAUCGCACUGCUCAAAUUAUUGCCUCUUUGCCGAAUUUAUCGUAUCGAAAGAAGGCAUUUCCGGAGGCAUUAUUCCAUCAGUUACUUCCAGCAAUGCUCCAUCCAGAUUACGAAACACGAAUAGGAGCUCAUCAAAUUUUCUCAGUCGUACUCGUGCCAACUUCCGUUUCGCCACAAUCAGAUUCGUCUUUUUCCGACGACUCAAAAAAGAAGAUAGAUUUCCCAAGAACGCUCUCGCGUACAGUUUCCGUAUUCUCAUCAUCGGCCGCCCUAUUCGAAAAGCUCAGAAAUCAAAGGAAUAAUCUCGUUGAGCUGAACAAACAAAAAGCUUCGGACGAAAAUAAUAAUAACAAUAAUAAUACGAGUGGAGUAAUGAACAGAAUUAAGUCAACUUACAGCCGAGCGUACAGCAUCAGAAAUUCGCCUGCACCAGAUGCUGCUGCUGAUUCUUUGGCCAAAUCGAAUAAAGAAGCGAAUGCUGUGCCUCUUAGAUUGAGCAGCCACCAAAUAACCUUUUUGUUUUCGUCUAUUUGGGCUCAAUCCAUUUCUCCGGCUAACAUGCCUGAAAAUUACGUUGCCAUUGCUCACACUUACAGCUUGGUUUUGCUCUUUUCUCGAGCCAAGAACUCGUACCGUGAUGCUCUUAUUCGAAGUUUCCAGCUGGCAUUUUCGUUAAGGAGUGUUUCUCUCGCUGCUGGAGGGAAGCUUCCACCAUCAAGAAAAAGAUCACUCUUUAUACUGUCAACUUGUAUGAUUAUCUUUUCGUCGAAGGCUUACAACAUUCUUCCACUCGUCCCACUAGUCAAAGCUACACUCUCCAAUAAAAUGGUUGAUCCAUUUAUGUGUUUGGUAGCAGAUUCGAAGUUGCAGAUUACCGAAACGGGGCAUCCUAAAAUCAAUUACGGAUCCAAAGAAGACAAUUGUUCCGCUGUCUCGAUGUUCGUAGGAGACGAUGAUUCCUUUCCAGAUUCUGUAGGAAAUAGCCAACAUAAUUCACAAUUAACCAUUGAAAAUCCGAAUUUCCUAAGCGUCGAUCAACUUCUACAAUCCGUUUUGGAGACAGCUCACAACGUAGGAAGAAUGUCGGUUAGCACCGCCCCCGAUGCUUCUUACAAAGAAAUGGCCAAUCAUUGCGAAACGCUUUUAAUGGGGAAGCAACAAAAAAUGUCGUAUUUGGUCAACGCGCAAAAUAGACAAGGGAAUUUGUUGACCGUAUCUUCAAUUGAAGUCAACAACAAGCAAAUGGUGUCGCACGACAAUAGCUCACAUAAGAGUGGAAAUUCAUUUGCGGACCAGAAAGUACAUGGAGUUGCGAUUAGACAAGCGAGUAACACCGGAUUACCGUGUGCCGCUGAAGUACAGAAUUAUCCUAGCUCGUUCAGACUGCCAUCUUCGAGUCCGUACGAUAACUUUCUCAAAGCUGCUGGAUGUUGAUAAGUACGUACGGCAAAAAAAUAUCGGGGUAUCGCAUUUCACUGUAAGCAAGCAAAAUCUCACGAUUAGAAUAUCGUCAUAGUAUAUAUAAUACGCAUUUGCCACAAGAUAAAUUAAAAAGCCACAUUCACAUAGUUUUUUGGCUGAAUUUUUUUGCACAUUCUUGAAAUUAAAUUCUUUCUAUUAUUUCAAUUUUUUUUCGUUUUUCUUUUCUUUCGUGUACGACACAUGGCGGUGCACCGAAGGGGGCAUAAUCGAAAAGUUUUUUUUUUUUUUAAUUAGCAAGAGUUGAGGUUUUGUAGUGCUAGUUUAGACCCUUGUUUGGACAAUCUUUAUUUAUUUGUAUUUAAAUAAUUUUUUGUUAAUGUUUUUCCUUAUUAUUUGGAAAUGUUUGUAAUAAGUGCACUAUAAUGAGUUCUUGUUGCAAUGAUAAUCCAUCUCUUACUACCAA